GCGGAGCCGGCGACACGCGCCGCGGUAACCCCAAGUGUAGUGUCCGUUGCUCUAUGAAAACUGUGGCGUCUGUUGAACACGUGAUAAGUGUGCGUCUUUUAAACGUUCUAGUGCGUGAAGUUUUAUUGGAUUGUCUGCGAUAAGUUCCAUGGUCACUUGAAGUCGCGUAAGAAGAUGUCGAAUCGGGAGAGGCACGCUUGGUAGAUUCCAAAAGGAUUAUGACAAGGAGGAAUCCAAUAUUCGGAAAAUUGGUUUAAAAAUGAAGGAGGAUAUGUGGAUGCCACGCGCGACCCGUAGCGGAGCGCCGGUGACAUGACGUGCGAGCGCCAUCUUGCGACGCGCACGUACAGCAUGGCUUCACGAUUUGCCGCCAUAUUACUGUGGCUUGGAGGAAGUGUGCUCGGGCUCCGCGACAUCCACCUGAGCGUGCCGGAGGCGGUCGGUGUCGGCGCCAGCGCCACGCUCGGCUGUCGCUGGGCGCUGGAUUCCGGCGAAGCGUUAUACACCGUCAAGUGGUACCAUGGUGCGCAAGAGUUCUUCCGCUUCGUACCCAAAGAACUACCUAACACCAGGGUCUUCUCGCAGACUGGCAUCAGCGUUGAUGUGUCGAGGUCUGGUGCCCAGCAAGUGGUACUGCGCGGCGCGACGCGCGGCUUGAGCGGGCGGUACCGGUGUGAGGUGUCCGCGGACGCUCCGUUCUUCCACACAGUCUACAAGAGCGCUUAUAUGAGGGUUGUUGAACUGCCCGAUGCCGAGCCCCUUGUGCGCGCCCAGAAGAGUUGGUACUCCGUGGGAGACAUGCUCCGAGCCAACUGUACCUCGCCCCCCGCUGACCCACCCGCCAACCUCACCUGGCUACUCAAUGGACAAGAGGUGAAAGGGCUCGACAUUCCGCCGCACGACCCGUCGUUGGCGCGAAGUAAACCUGUGAUAACUGACACGUCUCUCGAAGAUGCAAAUAGAAUUAUAUUCAGUCCCUGGGACACAAUUUCGGGCUUCGAAGAGCCGGUCACCGAUAACGUAAUAGACAUACCAAGCAAUAUCGCCGGCGUGGGGGGCCUCUCGGAUGGCUACAGCAGUCGGAAAAACAAGGAGGAAGGCCGCCUUGCGCCUACAUCCGAACAAAUAGCAAAUAAAUUGAACAUUAGUACAGAAGAAGAGAAAUCUAAUAAAUCAUCCUCGUUCAGCCAGCUUGUUAUAAGAGUACAGUCGGUGCACUUCCGCAAAGGUCGUCUGAACGUGACUUGCGUGGCCCACGUGCUGUCCGUGUGGUCCGCAAGUGGAGUGCUGCUCCUGGACGAGGAGCGGCCGCAGAUCGCGCCCGUCAUGGGCAGCAGAGACUCAAAUUCAGGUCCCAGGAGCGCCGCUCGCUUCACCCCACUUCUCCUCUCUUGUAUAUUCUACACCCAUCGGUCAAGCCGAUGAUCAGAAGAAUAAGAAAACAUAUGACAUUAUCUGUAUUAAAAUUCAGUGUUAGAUAUACCUACAAAAAGUUUUAGUGGAAAUUUUAAGAACUAUGCCGGUAAAGGAUUUUAUCACAAUGUGGGUUGAUCGUAGUGAAUUUUAUACUUGUAAAUAAAUAGUGUUUAAUAGGACUUCUAAGAUUACAAAUAGUAAAGUUUUGCUUGACGAACUUUAUGUAUGUAAUUGUUACUUCUACAUAUGAAACGUGAAAUAAAUGGUAUCCUGUUUUAUAA